GAUUUGGACAUAAAAGACAUGCCACCCCAUCGAUCUGCUAACCAGCGCUGGAUUUUUUUCUUACAAGAAUCUCCUCAUCACACUCCAAACAUUUUAUAUGACCUUAAUAAUAUUUUCAAUUGGACAAUGACUUACAGGUUUUGUUAAUAUGCUAUUUGCCUGAAUCUCAGAUUUUCUACAUCAAACACACAUCUACAUAUAACUGUAGAACUGAUUCUGACAUCUACAUGCCAUACCCUGUUCUGGAACCGACUGCAGGAUCUUCGUUUGAAUUUCAAAUAUGGAACAAGACGUUUGAACCUGAUGUUUUGAAGGACCAAAUACGACAGAAAAAAAACUCGCAGCGUGGUUUGUUUCAAACUGCUUCACACAAAGCGGGCGGGAAAAAUAUGCUUCUGAGCUACAAAAGUACGUUCACGAUGACGUAUAUGGAAAAUGCGGACCUUUAGUGUGUGCCAAUCAUCUUCAAUGCUACCAAAUGUUAGAGCAACAAUAUAAAUUCUACCUCUCUUUCGAGAAUUCCAUCUGCCGCGACUAUGUUACAGAAAAAUUUUACAACGCCCUUCUCUUCAAUGUCGUGCCAGUAGUUUAUGGUGGUGCCAAUUAUAAUGCAGUUGCGCCUAAAGGCUCUUACAUUGAUGUUCGUGAUUUUACGUCAGUUCGGCAUCUUGCACAGUACCUGAAAUUCUUGGAUAAAAACGACAGUGCCUACUUGCGGUAUUUUGAUUGGCGGAAAACUCCAUCAGGCAUAUCAGCCUUACCGCGUUUUAUUCAAGGCUGGUGCACGCUUUGCAGUAUGCUUAAUAACACCUCGUUACCCUUAAAGUCUUAUUCAAAUAUUCAUUCCUGGUGGUUUGAAAAAGGCCACUGUGAAAAUGAUCGUACAAAUAUUCACAAGUUAACAACUUAGUGUCAUUACCUGUGUUUAUCGAGCGAGACUUGUUAAAUAAAGAGAUUUACGUUGCUCUA